UGAGCCAAUACGGAAACACAACCACAAAAGAGGUUUGUGCAGGUUUUAUAUGCCUUAAACUUUCCUAAACAAUUAAUUAAUACCAUUAAUGUCAUAACGCUGUGAUAGUAAAACUAACUCAUUUACAAACUGCCAUGAGUGAACUGUUUGAGUGCGAGCAUGUAGACUUAUGGAGGAGUGUUCAUGGCAAAUACUGGCAUGUUGUGGAGGCCAAGGCUAAUAAAAGCAAGAAAUCUGGGAAGCUUCUCGACCUUGACAAGUGGUAUCAAGAGGAGCUGCCGACUGUCAUAUCAAGUCGAUGUGAUAAACAUGUCACUCUGUCAGAGAUGGUCAAGCUCAUGGAGUGGAAGCUGACUAGAGGCAAGUUCCGACCUCGCCUGCAGCAGCUGGUAGGAUCCAACAGCGAGGACACUGUGGAGAAAUGUUCCACAAAGGCCUUCAGCCUCCUGCCGGAUGUGUCGGCGGCCAUCGCGGAGCUCAGCACCCUGAAAGGAAUCGGCCCAGCCACGGCGUCAGCGCUGUUAGCUGCAGGAGCUCCAGAGCAGGCUGCCUUCAUGUCUGAUGAAGCCAUGGAGAGCAUACCUGGAUUGGCACCGAUACAAUACACAGCCAAACAUUACACUCUCUAUCUGGACAAGAUGCUGGAGAAGACCAAAAAGCUCAACAAAGCGGACCCUCAGCAGGACUGGACUCCCCAAAGGCUGGAGCGCUGUUUGUGGGCGCUGACGGUCGCUAAGCAACAGCAGCUCCCGCUUCUUAAGGAUGUGGACAUGAAGGGCGGCACUGUGGUGGAAGACCUCACCGAUGCAGACGACAGACCAAGCAAGAAACUUAAAAGGAGAUGAAAUAUGUUUUGAACCACAGGGUACAUAUUCACUAGAAGUCCUGCAAAUGUUUCAUUUUUCACAGUUUGUUACAUUAAAAAAAAUAAGUUUUUCUGGUAUCAUGAUGACUGACGUGAACUGUUUUUUCUGAGUUUAUAAUAAAAUUGAAUGUUUUUUUUCUGAAAAUAUAAACAUUUUGUAAAAUUAUGUGGUGAAGUUUUUUUCUUGCAAUAUUAAAACUUUAUUCUCUUAAAUUAUGACCUUUUUCUGGUAUAAAUAUAAUGUUAAACUCUUAAAAUGAGAUGUUUUUCUUUUUAA